UUAGCUUGACUAAUGUAGCUUGGUAUAUUUAGGAACUCAUCAUAUUUGGAUUCAUACUUGGAUCCUGCUUUCAUGGCUUUAAUUAAAGAUCCAGAUCAAAGACGCAAGGAACAAUGGGAAAAAACUGCCCAGGCUCAGACUGGAUGGCAUUGUGGUAAAAUGCUUGGGUUUGGUGACCUUGGUGGACCUCCUUUAUCUGCUGCUGAAGAAUACUCACUUCAUUCGAGAUAUCUUGCUAAAGCAAAUUCACUUAAUCUCUCUGAAAUUGCAGAGAUGAAAAUUGUUUACCGGGGCGGAGUCGAUUGUGAGGGUCGCCCUGUUAUGGUUGUUGUCGGAGCACAUUUUUUACUGCGUUGUCUUGAUCUUGAGCGAUUUGUGCUUUAUGUUGUAAAGGAAUUUGAACCAUUAAUACAGAAGCCCUAUACAAUUGUGUACUUCCACUCAGCAGCAUCUUUACAACCUCGGCCGGACAUGGGAUGGAUGAAGAGAUUGGAGCAGAUUCUUGGCCGAAAACACCAGCGUAACCUCCAUGCAAUAUAUGUUCUUCACCCAACCUUUGGAUUGAAAGCUGCAGUAUUUGCCAUGCAAUUAUUUGUGGAUAAUGGGGUAUGGAACAAAGUUGUGUACAUCGAUCGACUUCUGCAGCUGUUCAAAUAUGUUCCUCGUGAGCAGUUGACCAUCCCCGAUUUCGUAUUUCAGCAUGAUUUAGAAGUGAAUGGAGGGAAAGGCCUGAUUGUGGAUCCCCGAACGAAAUACGUGUACCAUCGUCCUUAGCAUCAACAAAACAGCAUGGAUAAUUUCUCAAGCUGUAAAUCACAUUAUCGGCUGUGAUUAUGCUGCUGCUUAAUCAUCCUUUAGUGUCUCUUAGAAGUGGUAGGUGUUGAUUAUGUUUGUAGAAAUGUUAUUCCCAUUUUCUUUCAUUUUGUAUUCCUCACUUUUGUCUUGUGAAGAUGAAAUAACGAUAUUCCUUCUGUAUGUUAUGUUGGACGAGCUUUUAAUAAAAUGAAAAAAUGUUAUUCCAA